AUACAUAUAUAUAUAGUUUAAGUGAAGAAUCAUUUUUUUGAUAUGCUCGAAAUGAAUAAAACUGCAAUUGGAAUUGCGGCUGGAGUUGCUGGUACUUUGUUCAUUGGAUAUUGCAUCUACUUUGACAAAAAACGCCGAAAUGACCCAGAAUAUAAGAAGAAAGUCCGUGAGCGUCGCCGCCGCAGCAAAAAAAGUGGACCUUCCAAGGCAGGAAUACCAAAUCUAAAUGACCAUGAAGCCAUCGAAAAAUAUUUUCUGCAAGAAAUUCAGUUGGGUGAAACCCUUAUAGCCAGAGGAGAUUUCGAAACUGGUGUAGAGCACUUGGCAAAUGCGAUUGUAGUGUGUGGCCAGCCGGCACGUUUGCUGCAAGUGCUACAAUCGUCCCUCCCUGCUCAGGUAUUUGCAAUGUUGAUUGUAAAAAUGCAGGAGUUCGGAAACCGAGCUGCGGAGUCGAACGAAGUUCAGGUCAAUGUUGGAGGACAGCAAGUGGACAGCAAAAUACUAGACAGCUCAUCGGUAGCUGGAAUUGAUGAUCUGGAAUAAAAAUUGGAGAAGGCCGCAAAUACUAUAAAAAAAUGUUCAACAAGAGAAAUUAAGGGCCUCAUAUAUUAGUUACGUUUCCAAUACAUACAAAUAAAUGUACGUAAACUAAUGAUUCACGCAUGUACCCAUAUUUUUCUUGUGUGCGGCCGUGACGUAAAAUUGUUAAAUCGUAUGCUAUACUAAGUAAAGCAGAUCGUCAGGCCCACGUAAAUAGGAAAAUAAUUACUAUAUCCGUUUAAUAGCUUAACUCAACAUUAAAAAAAAACAAGGAAUGGAGUUUAUAAUUAACUAAUCGCCAUACAAAAUAAAACACGUAACGGCCUGAA